ACUGACAACACCUGUCAUGUUUAUUUCAUUCCUGGCCUUAACCUGCACCCAGUGUUUACAUUUCAACAAAAACAGCAUUAGCCAAUUUCAACCCCAAUUCGCUCAAAAAUUCAUAAUGUGGGGGGUUUUACAAAGUACAUAUUAAUGGCAGAAGACCCUAACGUUGACAAUAGGCAUUGCUUUGCAGCUCCAGCAGAGCCGUCGCACCAAGCCAAAAAAGCUAAAUUGAGCCCACAGUCUGCAGGCAUAAAGCGGCUAUUUCCUGGACCUGCAGGGCUUCUAACCGCGGAUCAUGUGGAGCAAACAGACUUGUGCUCCCAAAACACGUCCCGGUCCUUCCAGGAGGGGCCAUGGAAAGAUAUGGCCAAGGACUCUGAGCCCCUUUACGACCAUUUCAACAUCGCCUGGAUCAAAGGGCAGCCGAAAGGCAACCAGUCCACUAUUCAAAAGAUUCCAUUCCUGGCUGGAGUUGUGCUGUUCUUAGAGGUAGUUGACCGGCAAAGCCAGAAAUCAGUAAAUGUCACACUGAGGGACCCAACUGGCACCAUUCGGGGAAACAUUGUUCAGAGCCUCUAUGAGGAGCACGAGCCCCUUUUCACUGUGGGCGCCGUUCUGGUUCUGGUGGAAUUUGGGGUACUUUCAUGCAGCUGCGAUCACUGCGACAAUCACCACCUCACCAUCACGCCCAAAAAUCUAAGCGCCAUUUAUGGCCCGACUAAUCUGGUGAUUCGUCCCAUUAGUCCACAGGAUGUUCUGAAAAGCUUCCAGAGGAAGCAGGAGGAGAUUUUGGAGCAGAAAAACAACCGAGUGUGUAGGCCCCGAGCGGUCUCACGUCCGGCGAUCGCGGCUUUGCAGAUGCAGAAACGUGCACAAUUCAGACGCAAUCCAGCUACUAGUGGAAACCCCACAAGGAAGCUGUUUACCUUCAAGAAGUUGGGGAGCGACCCGCCGAGCCCCCAUCCUCAUAAAGAGGCGGUUUCAAAGAAACCCAAUGGGGAAGGGAAGGGAACGUGUGUUACAGUGGCGGAUGUUGCCCAUGAGCAACUGUGGAAGGAGAUGUUGAGUGAUGUGGACCUGGACGCUUUAUUUGAAGACGAUUUUUAGCAGAACUUUUUUCAAACACUGACAGUUAUAUUAGGAGGCAACAUUUUCUUUUGUUGGAAUAUACAGUUUGUUUAG